UAGGCGAGGGAAGAGGAAAAGGAUCGUUGAUCGGAGGGGGUGUCACUUCUGUGCGCCGAAGGAAGGGGCAGGAGCAACCAGCGGCGACUGCACACUCAUCAGCCCUCAGGACGGUACGAGGGGCACCAUGCACCCGGGCUUCGCCGUUGGCCUGGUGUUUCUCGGGUGCAGUAGCAACGUCGUGUUCCUGGAGCUGUUGGUCAGGGAUUUUCCAGGAUGUGGGAACAUUGUGACAUUUGGACAGUUCCUGUUUAUAGCACUGGAAGGUUUAAUCUUUCAAGCUCACUUUCUCACAAAGCCCAGAGCAAUUCCAUUGAGGAACUACUUCAUUAUGGUGUCCAUGUUUUUCAUUGUGAGUGUGGUUAAUAAUUAUGCCCUCAACUUCAAUAUUCCAAUGCCCUUGCACAUGAUCUUCAGAUCAGGCUCUUUGAUUGCCAACAUGGUACUGGGAAUUGUCAUAUUAAAGAAAAGAUACACAUUUGCGAAGUAUAUUUCAAUUGCUUUGGUUUCUCUGGGGAUAUUUAUCUGUACGUUAAUGUCAGCAAAGCAAGUGUCUUCGCAUACAAGUGUGUCUGACGAUGGCGGUUUUUAUGCGUUAAUGCAGUGGUUAAUAGGAGUUGCUAUGCUGACUUUUGCACUUUUCAUGUCAGCUAGAAUGGGCAUCUUUCAAGAAACGUUAUAUAAGAAGUAUGGGAAGCACUCCAAGGAAGCACUGUUCUAUAACCAUUUCCUGCCAUUACCUGCCUUCCUCUUGUUUACCUCAGACAUCUACAAUCAUGGAAUCCUCUUCAGCCAGUCCAAAUCGAUUGAACUUGUACCCCUGGGACUAACCAUACCGGUUAUGUGGUUUUACCUCAUAAUGAAUGUUCUAACUCAAUAUGUUUGCAUUCGUGGUGUGUUUAUUUUGACAACAGAGUGCACAUCUUUAACAGUUACGCUCGUUGUGACACUUCGCAAGUUUAUCAGUCUGAUCUUCUCCAUAAUUUACUUCAAGAACCCCUUCACUUUCUGGCACUGGAUUGGAACAUCAGUGGUCUUUGUUGGAACACUCACUUAUGCUGAAGUUUGGAAGACUUUCAAGCCACUCCUGUAUGGAAAGAGGAAGGAGGACUAGUUUAUCCCUGGGGAAUAAGUUGAGAUCCAGAGUGGUUAUGUAGGAUGCCCGCUGAUUUAGUGGAGACUGGAUGGUCUUCAGGUAUUCCUUCAGAAAACUUUCUUUUUUGGAAAGUUGGCAUUUAUCCUGGAGAAUAAAUUGAAUUGUUUCUUUCCUGUGAAACCCUUUUUUGUCUGCUCCCUCCCAUUUCUGAACUUUAAACCAGGUAAGUGUGUAAGUGGUGCUUAAAACAGAUCUGUUGUCAAAAAGACACAGAACCAUAUGAAUUAUAGCUGAAAUUAUGCUUUGAAGUUGAAAUAAUACGUGUAUGUAUAAAACAUUGAUCCUUUUAUUGCAUUUUUAGUAAAAAUUAAUUGCUUUAAUUGUUGGUUCUGUGCUGGGUUAAAACUUUGAGGGACCGGAUGGCACUGUGAGUUUAAUGCACUGGCUCAAGAACUGUGACAUAGAUCCAUAUCUAUGUAAGAGCAAUUGGGAUGUUUAUGGCUUUGAAACAUAUCAAGUUAUAAAAUAGGAGAUUUUAUAUUUUUUUAAAAAUCCUGAUCUAUUGAGAUGUGAAGAGGAUCUAUUAUCUAGAAGAGCAAAAGAAAUAGGAGGAGUUGGCCUUUUGGCCUGCCAAGUCAGUACCCCCAUAUUCCUUAAUUACUUCAAUAUUGAUUGCUUUAAUAUGGUGAGCUACCUUAAGUGGAGAAUUAAAUAUUGAGAUUUUUGGGAUGAUUUGAUUUCUUUCAGGAAAUAAAUUUCAGUUGAUAAAGCCUGUGGGAAUAUGGGGUCACUGCUUAUAACCAUGAGAGUUUUACUUGGUAGGAUAACUGUUAAAGUGUAUGUAUAAUAUCAAUUCUGGUGUUAUUACCAGAACAACUAUGAAGGACUAAAUGGAAAUUUUUGGUUUAAUAUUCCUAUAAUAUAUAUUUCCUCCAAUAUAUAACAGAUUCGGGUGCAAAGAAGUUCUAAACACUUAGAAGGGCAUUUUUGAUGUUGUGGUCAGUAGUUUUGUACUUUGUGGCAUGUCGGGCGGCACCCUUACAGUUUCUUUAGCAGUUUGUCUAAUUUUUACAAGGCCAACUUGCUAGCUCAAUGCUCAACCCAGCAUGGAUGGAAAGUGUGCAAGGAGGUGGCUAGAUUUGAAAACAGGUCCACUUGCCUUGAAGUCCAGCUGGCGGCAGUUUAUAUUUGUAUGCUCUCCAUUAGUAUAUCACAACUCACUAGUGUGUUCACAAUAGUGUUUUUAAACAGAAACUUUCACCAGUCCUGAAGAGAUACUGGUGGAGGUGACCAAAAGGUUGGCUAAAGUCUUCAGAUUCAUCUUAAGGGAUGAAGAGAGUUGGGAUAUGGGAAUGGGUAAAGUCAUAGGAUCAUUGUGAAGGGAGAAGAGAGGUUGAAAGGUGGAAGGAAAGAAUUUCAGAGCUUAGUGGCUGCAGUAAGUUACUCAUGUAGUUAUUAAGUUUGGGAGUGAUUACAAGAUCAGAAUUAGAGAAAAAUUACAGGUAAUUGAAGGUCUGGUGGAAAUUAAAGAAGGGGCAAAGGUGGCUUGGACAAAUUUGAAAGCCAGAAUGAUUGUUAAAUUCACAGUUAGCCAGGGAGCAAUGGUUCUUAUAAAGAAAGGUUAGAUAGGCUGUAUCUGCUGGAGUUUAAAACAUACAAGAAGUUGAGGGGUCUUGACAGGCUGGGUUUAGAGAGAAUGUUUCCCUUUUGUAAGAGGAUUUAGGUCUAGGAGUCACUGUUUAACAACAGAGAUGCUCAUUUAACACAGGAUUAGGCAAAAAAUUAUUUUGAGGUUUGUGAGUCUUUGGAACUCUUCAAAAGGCAAUACAAGUGGGAUCAAUGAAUAUUUUUAAGGCAGAUCAACAAGGGUAUAUGAGGUUACUGUGGACAGACUGGAAUGCGAAGUUGAGGUUAUGGUCAGAUCAGCCACGAUGGUGGAGCACCCGUGAGGAGCCAAAGAGGCCAAACACAAUUAUAACGUGUUACAUGUAUGCAAGCAUGAGGGUGAUAGCAGGAUAUGGGUAGCAGAAUUUUGGAUGACAUUAAAUUUAAGAUAAUAGAAAGAAGAAUGCCAGUUUGUAGGAUGUUGGAAUAAUCAGUCCUGGAAUUAACAGUGAUGUGGAUGAAAAUUUUUGGGAGCAGAUCAGCUGAUUCAGGCAUGGAGUUGGGUAUGUUACGGAGAUGGAAAUCAAAAGUCCCUAAGUUCCAUACUCCAAAGUUAUAGGAAAAGUCUGUUGAAGUUUUGGAUUGUUGCCAGGAAGUUGGAUUAAGUCAGGAUCAGUGUUAUUUUUGCUGAUUAUGUUGUUAUGAGUUCUGCAAUAGCAGUUCACUGCAAUACAUUUUUAUUCCUAUAAAUUACCAUAACAAUAUAUUUAAAAGUAAAUAUAGCAGAGAGCAAAAUAGCGAGGCAGUGUGUAUGGGUUCAUGGACUGUUCAGAAAUUUGAUGGCGGAGGGGAAGAAGCUGCUCCCAAAGUAGGUGUUCCUCCUCCCUGAUGGUAGUAAUUAGCAGAGGGCAUGGCCUGAACGAUGAGGAUCUCUCACAAUAGAUGCCACCGCCUUAAGGUAUCACCUUUGUUGAUGUUCUCUGGUGGGGAGGCCAGUGCCCUUGGAGCUGAUUGAGUUUGCAGCCUUUUGCAGCUUUUUCAGGUUCAAUGUUAUCGGCACCUGCGUACCAGUUUGAUAAAUGCAGCCAGUCAUGUGCUCUCCACAAUACAUCUGUAGAAAUUUGGUGGCGUACCAAAUCUCCACAAACUCCUCAUGAAAUAUUCUGGCAUCCCUUCUUCAUAAUUGCAUCAAUAUGCUGGGCCCAGGAUAGAUCUUCAGAGAUGCUGACACUAAUGAACUUGAUUGAAGCUGCUCACCUUGCCACUGCUGACCCCCCCUUGAUGAAAACUUGUGUGAUCUCCCCAUUUCUCCUUCUGGCUGAACAACAGAGUUGUGGCAGGAAAUAAACACUGUGGCUUCAGCCUUCCCAGUAUUUGGCUGGAGGAAAUUUCAGGGCAACCAUUCCUGUAGAUCAGGCAUUCUGAUAAAUUAGAGUAAUUGGUGUCCUCCCUAACACAUGGAAAAGUUCUUGGGUGAAUGGAUAAAAAGUAGAAGGUCACCUAAGAAUUGGACAGUUUGGGUGAGGAUGUAAGCAUCAGGAGAUCCAACAAGAGAAUCCAUUCUGGGUGAUUCUCAGAUCGAUGCAUAGAAAUAGGUGAACAGAACCCCACCUUGCUGAGUAGUAGUGAAGAGGUAGUUUAGAAUGUUAGUAUGGCGAGGCACAUCAGAACCUGUGGACAGGGCCACAGAAAUAUGGACUCAGGGUAGCAGACACCUCCUCUUUCCAGUUUCGUAUUUUAAUUAAAAAGCUGAACACUAAUGCAACUGUAAUGUUAUGAGGACUGAGACGGCUAUGCGAAGGUGGGAAGCUGCCUACCUGGCAGCUACUGCACUUCAAAAGUAAUUCAUUAGGUGAAAAACUUCAAAGUAUUUCCCUGGAAAUGAACAAUAUCUGUAAACAGGCUGGUGUCUUCAGAAGUGCUGACACUUGAGAUUUUAUUAAUUAUUUAUUGAUUUCUUUUCUGUUUAAUAUGAGCAAUUUGCUGGAAUGGAAAACGAUUAUACGCUCUAUCACUCUCCAUCUCCCCGGUGAAUCUUGCAAGUAAAAUAAUAUAAAAUCAGUAACCGAAGAGUGAUGGCACAACUGUAUUUUCUGGCUCUUUAGUUACUGUGACCAAUGUGAUUUGAAAGUGCUGUCAGGGAACAUUUUUAUAUAUAAAAUCACCUGCUGCACCAGUCAUUGGAGUAAUUGGGGAGGGAGGCCUUAUUUAUGAUAUCAAACUAAGGCAACUUUUGCACAUCAUUGACUGCCCCUAGCAGUAAAAAUUUAACACAUUACUUUAGAGUACGCAAUAAAAGUUCUUAACAUUUACACCUCUGGAACAGUUUAGUGGAAGAGUUUUUGCCUUUAUAGAGCUAUUAAAAGUAUUGUAUAUUGCUUUUAGAGGGUGCCUGAUUUAAAGUGUGUGCAGUGAUUAGACCUCUGAUACAAGAUCAGUAUCUGAGUAUUCUGCUGAAGAUUGUGACUUCCAUCAAUAAAAUGCAUUCUUUUCCAUUUCCUCCUUCUGUUUGUGCCUGUCUAACAUGUUGGCAUCCUGUCUCAUUUGGUCUUGUUUUUCAAGUCCUAAGCCCAUGAGAUAACACAGUAUUAUUUUUUCUUUGUAAUCUGUGUUUCAUCCAUGGACCAUCCGCUUCCCAAACAAUUUUGCUUGUAGUCCACUUAUAUACAGAAGGGUGGAUGGGAGUUUUAGAAUAUCCAAAUUAUUAUUGUGUGUAGUUUUGGACUCCUUAUUUGAGAAAGGAUCUACUGACAUUGGAGAGGGUUCAGAGAAGAUUCAUAAGAAUGAUUCCAGGAACGAAAGGGUUACCAUAUGAGGAACAUCUGGCAGCUCUUGGGCUGUAUUCUCUGGAGUUCAGGAGAAUGAGGGGGGAUCUCACAGAAACAUUCCAAAUCUUAAAAGGCUUGAACAGAUUAGAUACAGCAAAGUUUUUCCCAUGGUAGGGGAUUCGAAGACAAGAGGGCACAUGUUCAGGAUUGAAGGACGCCCAUUUACAACAGAGAUGUGGAAAAAUUACUGUAGUCAGAGGGUGGUAAAUCGGUGGAAUUUGUUGCCACGAGUGGCUGUGGAGACCAAGUCACUGAGUGUAUCUAAGGCAGAGAUAGAUAGGUUCUUGAUUAGGCAGGGCAUCAAAGGGUAUGGGGUGAAAGCAGGGGACUGGGGAUGACUGGAAGAAUUGAAUUAGCCCAUGAUUGAAUAGUAGGGCAGAUUCGAUGGGCCAAAUGUCCUACUUCUGCUCUGAUAUCUUAUGGUCAUAUAUCUGGAUCUUUUGCAAGUGUCUCUCAGAGAUUUGUUUGGUGGUUUGGAUACAGCUGGUCUUGGCUUCUUCACCUACAAGUGAAAACUAGGUUGGAUCAAAAUCUACUUUUGAAUUGUGAAGUAAUUCCACAGAAGACUUUAUAAUAAGGGUGGUUAAAUUACAUGUUUAUACAACUGAUUAAUUACAAUGACUUUCAAAAUUUUUUAAGAGGAACUAAAAUUGUAUUUCACUCAACUUUGGAUUCUGCUUUGACUUCAUCUUACAGGAAUUGACAAUGACAGGUAUGCAGUUGUCUGACAAUGUAGACUUGCAUUGAGUCUAGAUGUAGUUGCUGUACUGGCAGAUUUAAGACCACCUGCAUGAGAUCGAUGACCUUGAUAGAAAGGAUUAUUUUCCCACGUUAAAUUGGGUGAUUUGAACCUCAUUUCUUAAGGUCAAAUGAGGCUCCACACUGGUAGCAUGGGACCAGACUUUUAUCACCUCUGACUAAUCUACACAUUUUGAUUCCUGUAAUCUGCCAAGCCUCUUAUGUAUACCUUUUGUCCAAUCCUACUUUUUAUUGUAGCUUAA